AUGGAUGGGCCCGUUCCCAAUAAUCUAGAGCGAUAUUGGAAACCAGCUUGGUAUUCGAAGGAACCAGCGGGUUUAUGGCGAAGAACUAUAGUUCGGUCAAAGCGACAUGAAGCACGGACAUUUGCGCAAGCGGCUGCGCUCGAAGCGGCGCGAUGGAGCGUUGCGGUUGGGAUCGUGUCAGGAUCCUCGCUACCGCCAUCCAUCUCUGCAAUUCGCCAUGGUCCACCCUCGAUUCCAACCGCUGUCUCCAACGCAGCGCUUCGAGCGCAGCCGCUUACGCAACUGUCCAUGCAUCAUGUCGUUUUGACCUGGUUAUUGAUUGCAUUUGAUAGAAGAGGGCUUUCACCUACUGAGGAUUCUGUUGCAAUCCAAUCCGUGAUCAGUAUCGCAUGUCCUCCCGCAGUGAUUUGUCCGCUUUGA